UACACGAAAUGUUAAGCGAGGGCAUUUGUUGGCUUUGCCUCGUUAGUUGUUAAAGAGGUGAUCAUUUGCUUGGUGGGAGACAACCCCAGCUGCCAAAUUUAAAGAGGAUGGUAACCGUUCAUCAAAUUACUAUAUUUUUUACACAUCAAACUAUAUAGUUUUAGCCCUCCUUUCCUCUCUAGCUUCACGUGAUUCUGACCAUGCAGUCCCGACAGCUGCUUCUCAGUUCUUACAUGCUUUGUCACGAAGCGCUCGCUCGUCGCUCCAUUAUCACCUUUUGUUUUUUCUUUUUUCCUCGCUCGAGUUCUAGGGUCUUGCUCUUGCCUAUGGGGAAUGAAAUGGACCAAUCAACCCUAUUCUGUUGAACAAGAGAACAACAGAAACAGAGUGAGACUGUAAGAGAGAGACGGACAGGCGUUUCCUUGAGUUUCACCAUUUCACCCACGCCAACUAUUUGUGAAAAUGCUUCAUUUUCUCCUUUCAAAUGGUUUUCUUCUACUGUCGUUAAUCACUAUGGUAGCGGCUUCUAGCUCUCCUGCUUCAGCAGUGAACUUACUACAGCCAUCUGAUGCCUCUGCACUUCUAGACUUCAAAUCUAAAGCUGAUUUGAACGACAAUCUUCCGUAUUCUCAAAAUACAAGCUUCCAUUUCUGUCAAUGGAAAGGAGUGAAAUGCUUCCAGCAAAAAGUGGUGCACCUAGUUCUCCAAGGCCUAGAUCUUGGCGGUGUUUUCCUCCCCAACACUUUGACUCGCCUUGACCAGCUUCGUGUGCUCAGUCUCCAGAACAACUCGCUAAACGGACCCAUUCCGGAUUUGUCCAAGCUCCUCAAUCUCAAAUCCCUCUUUCUCGAUCAUAACUCCUUUACAGGUUCUUUUCCUCCUUCAAUCCAUUCCCUUCAUAGACUCCGUACUAUUGAUCUCUCCCACAACAAUCUAACUGGAAAAAUACCCACCUGGCUAACCUAUCUGGACGGCUUGUACUACCUGCAUCUCGACUGGAACAGGUUCAAUGGCACCAUACCUCCAUUAAACCAGUCAUCUCUCCGGACAUUCAAUAUUUCAUAUAACAACUUCAGUGGUGCAAUCCCAGUUACCCCCACAUUACUUCGUUUUGAACUCUCUUCAUUUUUAUCAAACCCAAAUCUUUGUGGAGAGAUUAUAAACAAAGAAUGCCAUCCCAGUCCCCCAUUUUUCGGCCCAUCAUCGUCUUCACAACCGGUAUCGCCACCGCCUGCGGUUGCACUAGGCCAAAGUGAAGAAUUGCAUGGCGUUGACUUGUCUGAACCAAGCACCAAAACCAAGCACAAGAGAACCGCAGUGAUAAUUGGAUUCUCAUCAGGAGUAGUAGUUUUAAUUGGUUCGCUUAUUUGCUUUGUGACGGCUGUGAGGAAACAGAGAAACCAAAAGCCAUCAACAGCUGUCAUUGCGUCUGAUGGAGCCGCCGCCGCCGCUGCAGAAGCUGCGGCAGUGAUGCAAAUAGACCUGCAAGAAAAUGAGUUGGAAGAGAAGGUGAAGAGGGUGCAAGGGAUGCAUGUCGGCAAGAGUGGGAGUUUGGUAUUCUGCGCGGGUGAGGCACAGCUUUACACGCUGGAUCAGCUGAUGAGAGCUUCGGCUGAGUUGCUGGGGAGAGGCACCAUGGGGACCACUUACAAGGCCGUGUUAGAUAACCGUCUGAUUGUUUGCGUGAAGAGGCUCGAUGCUGGUAAAUUAGCGGGCACGAGCAAAGAUGUUUUUGAGCGGCACAUGGAAUCAGUGGGUGGACUCAGGCAUCCAAAUUUGGUUCCGCUCAGGGCAUAUUUUCAAGCUAGGGAAGAAAGGCUUCUAAUCUAUGAUUACCAGCCCAACGGUAGCCUUUUCUCUCUCAUUCACGGCUCAAAAUCCACAAGAGCGAAACCACUCCACUGGACCUCGUGCUUAAAGAUAGCAGAGGACGUAGCCCAAGGGCUCUCCUACAUCCACCAAGCAUGGAGGCUCGUCCACGGCAAUCUCAAGUCCUCUAAUGUACUUCUCGGCCCCGAUUUCGAGGCAUGUAUUGGGGACUACUGCCUUGCCGUUCUCGUCACUUCACUACCGGAGGAUGACCCGGCGGCCACGGCGUACAAAGCUCCAGAAAUUUGCAAUUCAAAUCACCAACCGACCUCUAAAUCUGAUGUGUUUUCAUUUGGAGUUCUGUUGCUUGAGCUUUUAACAGGGAAGCCUCCAUCCCAGCUCCCUUUUUUAGCGCCGAAUGAAAUGGUGAAUUGGGUUAGGUCCACGAGGGAUGAUGAUGGCGGAGAAGACAAUAGGCUGGAGAUGCUUCUUGAAGUAGCUAUAGCUUGUAGCUUGACCUCGCCGGAGCAGAGGCCCACUAUGUGGCAGGUGUUGAAAAUGUUACAGGAGAUCAAAGAGAGUGUAUUAAUGGAGGACAGUGAGUUGGACCAGCAUAUUGACAUGUCCUAGUAAUAUUACAUUGUACCACAACUAUUACUAAUGCAUAGAGUAAAGGAGUAGAUAUAAAUGCGAUGCCGCCUUUUUCGUCGCUUCUCAGCUA